ACCCAACCGAAUUAGUAAGGUUUCUUGUUCUGAGUCACCUGGUUUUAAAUAGCUUUUAAAUAGCUGACCCCAUCAAAGAUUUAUCCCUUCAACCUCACCAAAAGUCCAUUUUCUGUCUAUUCAUUUAUUUAUUUAUAAAUACAAACCCUCUUCUAAGCUGCCUCUAACAAUUACUUGCUCUUGUAAACGAAGUUGAUUGAUUAUCUUUGAAUAACUGAACAAGUUAUGGCUGAAGGAAAGAGUGGGAUCGCUAAGGAUGUUACAGAAUUGAUUGGUAACACUCCUUUGGUUUAUCUCAACAAUGUUGUGGAUGGUUGUGUUGGCCGUAUUGCGGCUAAACUGGAAAUGAUGGAGCCUUGUUCUAGUGUUAAGGACAGGAUUGGUUAUAGCAUGAUUACGGACGCCGAAGAAAAGGGGCUCAUAACACCUGGAGAGAGUGUCCUUGUCGAACCAACAAGCGGCAACACUGGCAUUGGGCUAGCUUUCAUGGCUGCGGCAAAGGGGUACAAGCUCAUCAUUACGAUGCCUGCUUCGAUGAGCCUUGAGAGACGAAUUGUUCUCCGUGCUUUUGGUGCUGAGUUGGUCCUUACUGAUCCCGCUAAAGGAGUGAAAGGUGCUCUCCAGAAAGCUGAGGAGAUUAUGGCUAAAACGCCAAAUUCUUACAUGCUUCAGCAGUUUGAGAAUCCUGCUAAUCCAAAGAUCCAUUACGAAACAACUGGACCUGAAGUCUGGAAAGGUACAGGUGGGAAAAUCGAUGCUUUUGUUUCCGGCAUUGGUACUGGCGGUACGAUUACAGGUGCAGGGAAAUAUCUUAAAGAGCAGAACCCUGACAUAAAGCUUUACGGCAUUGAGCCUACUGAAAGUGCUAUUUUGUCUGGAGGAACCCCUGGUCCACAUAAGAUCCAAGGGAUUGGUGCUGGAUUCAUCCCUGGUGUUUUAGAAGUUGAUCUUAUUGAUGAAGUUAUUAAAGUUUCAAGUGAAGAAGCAAUUGAAACUGCAAAGCUUCUUGCUCUUAAAGAAGGAUUACUUGUGGGGAUAUCAUCUGGUGCAGCAGCCGCAGCUGCAAUCAAGAUUGCAAAGAGGCCAGAAAGUGCUGGAAAGCUGAUUGUUGCUGUGUUCCCGAGUUUCGGGGAGCGGUAUCUGUCUUCUGUGCUAUUUGAUUCGGUGCGAAAGGAGGCAGAGACUAUGACUUUUGAUCCUUGAAUACAAUGAGAUUGUGUUAUUAAGAGGGAUCAUGUCAACAUAUUUGAAGUUCAAUUUGUAACUGAUGUCUUUUUUUUUCAUGGGGCACCUUGUUCUAUUUUUGGUCCCGUUGUAUGCUUGUUUCGAAUGUUAUAUCAUGUGGAUGAUAUCUUUUUCUACCUUGUUGUGGUAAUUAUAAAUAACUGAUCAUUCAAAACA